AUGUCCCUGAAGGCCGUCUGCCUCGACCGCGUCCCCGGCGGCACGCCGGUGAAGGACCUGGCGCGCUUUCCAGUGGGAGCGAGCUGCCCCUCCGGCUCGGGUGCCGAAGCAGCUGCUGGUCCCCCGGCACCGCUCGCCCCGAUGGGAAAGGGGAGGCCUGGCGGCAACCUGCUCCAUUCCACCCUGCUAGCGGGGGGCCGCCAUGCCCAGGAGUGGAUUGACCUCAGCGAGAUCCAGCCUGCGGAAGGGCCGGGGCUGCGGCCCUCCCGUGUGGAGCAGGCAGGGGAGCCACCUGCGCACAGUGCUCUCCUCAAGCGUAAAGCCUGCGGGCCAUCCUCGCUCGAGUCUCCAGCCAAAAUCUUCUCGAGAAUGAAGGCCAGGGCAGCUCUUGCCAAACAGCUGAAGGAGCCCCUAGCAGAUAAGUUAGGAGCCGCAAAUGGCACCCUAGAUUACCUUCUCACUCCUGAGCGGCAUCUUUUGGGAAGCCGGGCACCUGAACAUGUCCCAAAGGAACAGCUGGCCGAGGACCCUUCUGGAGAGACCCAUGCGAAAGCAGCACCUGGUACAGUGACGAGCAAAAACACGUGCAGUGGGGUAAGGGGUCCCCUGCUUUCCGAAUCACCUCACAAGUUCUUCACACGCAUGAAACAGAAGCUGCCGCCGAAGCUGUUGCCAAGAGCUGAUGAGGCACCCUGCCCACCCAAGGAAAAGGUCCCUCCUUCCCCCGCAGCAAAGCAAACUCUGACCACAUCCAACCCAGCGGGACCACGAAGUGACCUUAAUGGAGAGGGCCUGAAUACUUCCAUCGAUCAGGAUGGUGAAUUUCUUAUAGAACCAGCUUGUAAUGAGACUUUUGACAUGGCGCUUAAUGCUACCGAUGUGAACUAUGAUCCUGUGAAACCAGAAGAACCCUUGGAAAGAAAGGGAGUUGAACGGCCUCCUCGAGGAGGUGUGUUGUCCCAGUGCAACCAGGAGCUUGGCCCAAGCAGACAGCAACUGUCCAGGGGUGUCUCCCAGAAACUUUCCCGGCACUUGUGCGAUAUUAUUUUUGCUACUCCCAAAGCCCACAUACCAAGGAAGAAGCAGCUGGUGCGGGCAGAUUCCAAGGUGGCCUUGGAGACGGCUUCCACCAACACAAACCACGAGGAAGAUGAGACGGGGCAGCAAAUCAUCUGUCUCAGCGGAUGGCGGCUCAAAGUGAUCAACAGCUGCUCUGCCGUGUGCCUGGAAGGAAAACGGAGAGACCUGGAUGGGGCAUACUGGCACAGCAACGCGGUGGUGGAACGGAUGGCCUUCGACCGCGUCAGGACCGUAACUGGCAACGUCUACGUGCUGGAAGGGCGCAUGGAUACAGGCACCAUGAAGGAGGAGGGAAUGCCAGCUAAAUUCAUAAGGAGAUUUGCAUCUGGAAUUCCAAGAAAAUGGAAGGUGUAUGUUGAAGAGCUGCUUUGUUUGUUGAAGCGGAAACAGCGGAAAGUCUUGCUUUUGAGUGAGGAUAGCAACGAACAGGAGGACUCUGUGGACACAGGGGGCUUUCGAGGACUGGAAAAUCUGCCCAAAAAGGCCGGGAGAAACUCUGACGUGAAAAACACCACAUACGAAGUACUGGCACAGCGAAACAAUAAACAUGGCACGCAGCCCAAGGCGUCCCCUCCAGAGGGUGACCUGGAUACAAGCUGCACCCGCAGCGGCCGGCGCGUCAAGCCGCCCUUGCAGUUCUGGUGCGGCGAGCGGAUCCUCGUCGACCAGGCGUUGAACGUCACCGUGACCAGAGGGGGCACCAACUACUUGACCCCUACAGUGCGUAAUGCGUGGCCUCCGGACAGAAAGGGGAAGGCGAAUGGCAAGGGUGACGGGAGGACCCCUGGGGAAGCCCCUGAAGGCCAAGCUGCAGGAAGGAAUAGUACACGGCCCAACAGUGCCAGAGAAUCGGAGCUUCAAAACAAGCAGGAUGGAUUCUGCGGCAUUUCGGAGCCUGAGGAAAGUAGCAGCGAGUUCCCCCUGGACGACAUUUACAAGAAACGGGCUGUGGUGACCUUGACGCCCCUGAACCAGAAGAAGCUGUGCAAGAAGGCUGCAGAGCACGGGAGCUGGCCCCGGAGCAAGCGCCAAGCCCCGGAGCAGGGGGGCCAGGCGGCCUGGCACGGAGCACGCCCAGCGGAGCAGCCGCCCGGUGCCCACAAGUACCCGCUGAGAUCCCUGAAGCAUGGCGAGCCGGCCAGCGCCAGCGAGAGCGACUCGAGCGACGACGUGCCGUACAUCAAGAGGAAGGCGCGGCCCUUUUGCAGGAAAGGGGCGCCCGGCAGUGACGCGAGAGGGCCGGCCUCUGCGCCGAGGGGGACCGAUGGUCCUGCUCUCCCGCCUCAGGGCGGCAGAAUGAGUCCAGCUGUUCGCUGCAGCCAGAAUGGCAGGCUGGGGGAGUCGCCUUAUAAAAGCUCUUCCAGCUUGGCUGGCUCCUCUGCCGGACGCAGGAGGGGGGAAAGCCCCGCAGGACUCCGGAGGUCGCAGAAUGGCAGAAAGUCUGUCUUUGAAUCGGAGUCUGAGAGCGAAACGAGUGCUGGAGAAGCCCCGCUGAAGGAGCAGAAGGAAAGGGGGGCCGCUGAAAGGGCGGGCAGCGCGGCGACCGUGGCGAGGGCGCCUGGCCGCAGGGAGCCGUGGAGGGCCGGCGGCUCCCCCCCAGACGCGCGGGAGGGCUGGACCGAGAGAGAGCUGCAGAAGCUGCGCAGGGCUGUGGCUUCUUUUCCCAAGUACCAGAACGGCUUCUGGCUGAACGUGGCACAGGUGGUGGGGACACGGUCUGCUGAGGAGUGCCAGCGGGAGCACAUGGCAGGCCAAGAGCUCAGGAAACGGGUCCCGAGGAAGACCGCCACGCGCGGGAAGGAGGAACGAGGCACAGAGGAGAGGGCAGAGCUGCCGCUGGUGGUCGCUGCCAAGGUGGGAACGCUGAAGCGGCGGCGGCAGAUGCGGCACUUCCUCGAGCAGAUGCCCAAGGACAACCACGACGACAUCUUUGCUGCGAGCCCCCUCCAGAACAGGAACGCCAGAUUGCCGCAGUUCUGCAAAGUUCCGGAGGAAGAUGUCUUCCACCUGAAGGGCAGCCACCCCAUCACCCCCCUCCCGGCCCUCUUCCCGCUGGCCAAGACCCCCGAGUGUGAGCACGUCAGCCCCGGCAUGCUGGAAUCCCUGGACAGGAAUGAGUGCGACAGGCGCGUCUUCCACAUGCAAAAGAGCAUCGGAGGCCAGGAGCGCACGUGGAAGAACGUGAAGAAGAAAGCGGUAACUUUCCUCUCGCUCUGUUCCUGCGUUUGA